AUGGAGAUUGAAGUAAAGAUUUAUAGUCUUAAAUCACAAGCAUGGAAAAAAGUUGAUGAACAAUGGAAAGAUGUUGAAAAACAUUUGCCAAACAAGCUGCCUGUCAUGCUAUCUCAAAAUCCGACCGCCUCCUUGAAUGGAGCUGUGCAUUGGUUAAUUGUUCCAAUUUGUGGAAAUCCGAAACCGGUGUCAGAAUUGCAUUCCGUUCUUGCUUUUGAUAUUGUCAAUGAGAAAAUGCGGGUUUAUAAAAUACCGGUUCAGCCAAAGAAUGAUAAGAAUAGGUCAAAUACAAGUUUGGGAGUGUUGGGGGGAUGCCUUUGUUUUGUUGUGAAUGUUCAAAAAGCUAAAGAUAUUUAUUAUGAAGUUUGGUUGAUGAAGAAAUAUGGAGUUGAGAGUUCUUGGACUGAGGUUUAUAAAAUUGAGAAAGGUGCAAUGCCGGAGGCUUUUUGGUCUAUAGAGCCUCUAAUAUUUUCCGGGAAUGGCAAGAAAGUUCUGUUUCGGGGCAUUCAUUUUGGCCGUGUGAAAUUUAUUUGGUAUGACGUAGAAAAGAAAAGAGGUAAGUCGGUUAAGAUUCAGAAUUUUCCUGCAAUGUUUGCGUCGUCUGGAACUUCUAUUGGGAGUCUUCUUUUGCUUCAUGGUGAUAAUGAUGUGAUUGGUCCAAGGCAAAACAAGAGGACAAGGUCUGAGAGGAGAAGGUUUAGUUGUGAUGGAGAGGUUUAUGGAUCUGUUUCAUGGUCAUCAAAGAAGCAACCUAUUGUCACAUUAUCAUCCACUGAAGCUGAAUUUGUUGCUGCAACAGCUUGUGCUUGUCAAGCUAUUUGGCUAAAGAAAAUCCUUAAAGAGCUGCAUUUCAUGGAGGAUGGACCUACUCAGAUUUAUUGA